GCGCUUCACUCCUGUGGUAAUCUUCAGUCAGGACGACAGCUUCAGCCUCAGGUAAGAAACGUCUGCAGCCUGAUUAAUCUAACCGUGUUUUUUCCGUCAGGGCGAAGAACCUGCAGUCCCCAUUUAAAGGUUUGCCGUUUUGACAAUUAGACAUGUCGACCAGGGUUGCUGUGGUAACAGGUAGCAACAAGGGCAUCGGUCUGGCCAUCGUCCGAGUGCUCUGCAAGCAGUUUGAAGGAGACGUUUACCUCACUGCCAGAGAUGUUGGACGUGGUGAGGACGCAGUGAAGGCUCUGUCCUCUGAGGGGCUGAAGGCCAUGUUUCACCAGCUGGACAUCAACGACUUGAACAGCAUUAAAACUGCUGCUGCUUAUUUUAAAGGGAAGUACGGCGGAGUGGACAUUCUCAUCAAUAAUGCUGGGAUAGCAUUCAAAGUGGCAGACACAACUCCAUUUGGUGUCCAGGCCGAGGUGACCCUCAAGACAAACUUCUUUGCCACCAGAGACAUGUUGACUCACUUCCUGCCGAUCGUUAAAGCUGGAGGUCGUGUGGUGAACGUUUCCAGCUUUGUCAGUGCACUUGCGUUGAAGAAGUGCAGCUCGGAGCUCCAGCAGCGUUUCCGCAGCGAGGACCUCACAGAGGAGGAGCUGGUGGCGCUGAUGGAGCGAUUUGUCAGCGAAGCCAAGAAAGGCGAACACAAAGAAGGCGGCUGGCCCGAUUCGGCGUAUGGAACAUCUAAAGUCGGGGUGACGGCCCUGUCCAUGGUUCUUGCUCGUCAAGUGUCCAAGCAGAGACCAAAUGAUGGGAUCUUGGUGAACGCCUGCUGUCCAGGAUGGGUGCGCACCGACAUGGCUGGCGAUAAAGCCCCGAAGUCACCAGAGGAGGGUGCUAUCACUCCAGUGUACCUGGCCCUGCUGCCGCCCGGAGCCACAGAGCCUCACGGAAAAUUUGUGUCUGACAAGCAAGUUCAGCCGUGGUGAUGGGUGUGUGAUUGUCAGCGUUUCCACCCAAACGACAUGUCAAAGAUCCAUAUGUAGAAUAGAUGAACCUGAAUAACCCAGACACAUUAGUACAGCAACCUGAAGGUGCCCGUUUUUCAAAACAAUGCAUUUUAACAUUUUGUGUGCACGUGUGUAUCUGCUGGAUUAUAGCAUAUACAGUAAUUAAACUUGUGUUUGUGUAAGUCCUGGCCAAUGUUUUUGAUACAUCACUUUGCCUGUGGCACUAUGAAUGUUUGAUCAUUUUUUACAUGGAGGAAAGUAAAUGUGCUUUAUGUGUUUGAAAUAUGAAUCUCCUGAAGAACAAAUAAACAGUUUUCUGCA